AUGGGCCCAAGAUCACCACCUAAAAAUAACGCAAUCGUUAGCAAUAAUAAUACUAGCAUUUAUAAUAAUAUGGUUCCUACUACAAGUAAUAAUAGCAUUCAUAAUCAAUAUCAAGGACAAUAUAAUAAUAAUAAUCAACAUCAAGGUCAACUUAAUAAUAAUCAAUAUCAACCACCAUUUAUUCCUGAACAAUCAUUUCCGCCAUUGAUGGCUCCCAAGCCUCAAAAACCUUCUCCAAUAGUAUCAAAUGAUAUUGCUGAUACUUUAAUGGUAGAAGAAACAUCGUAUAAUUCAAGUUCACAUGGAUAUCUUGGAAAUGAUUAUUGA